GCUAAGCUAAGAUUCCCAUACACAAACCAUCAUCAUCAUCAUCAUCUUCUUCCCCAAAAAUUCUUUGAAACCAAUGUGAAAAAAAAAACAUUUGCUUCUCCCAUGGCAUUUCCCACCACUCCAGAAUGGAUCAUCCCCUGCAACAACAACACUGCAAGGAUCAGUAGUAACAGCAGAUUGAUGAUGAUGAUGAGCAGAAACAGAAACCUCCCUUUGCUCUCUCUCCUCUCCUUCAACUCCUCCAGGGAUCUCAACCUUUCUGCAAGAUCCUCCAGCUGCUCAGCCCCAGUUCUUGAACACCAAGCUUCCUCCACUCCCAAUAACUCCCAGCCCACCAUAGAAUUGGACUUGCAGCUUCAGGAUCUUUGCCCUUCUCCUUUGCCAGAGCCUGAGGAUUUCAAUGCCCUUAUCUGCACCUUACUCAAGGAUCCCCACACUGCAGGGAUUGGGCACGAGUAUUACGAGAAGGCGAAGGGGAAUCCGGGUUUUAUCCCACAGAGAUCCACCCUGAAUCUUCUUGUCAGGUACUUUAUGAGCUCCAGAAACUGGGGCUCAAUCUCUCUGUUGCUUCAGGAUUUCAGGGCUUUCCAUGUUCUCCCUGAUGGUUCCACCUGUUGUAGACUGAUUAGUAGCUGUGUUAGAGCUAGGAAGUUCAAGAUUGUAAAUAGUUUGCUUGAAUCUUUGAUUGAUUAUGAUAAAAGGGCUGCUGUUCUGGGCUUUGAUUCUGCAAUGAAAGGGUUUAACACUUUACAUAUGUAUAGCACCACUGUUGUCUUGUACAGAAGGAUGAAAUCUGCAGGGCUUGUUCUAGAGCCUGGAUCCUAUUGCAGCACAAUGGAGGCUUUCUUGAAAAUGGGAAAGCAUGAGAAAGUGGUUUCCCUGUUUCGAGAAUUCGAAGGGAGGAGAGUGGAAUCCACACAAUUUCAUGCCCAAAUCUAUAAGUGUUUAUGCAAGUCUCUGGAGAAACUGGGGCGGCCUUUCGAGGCGUUGGAGUACUUCCGGGAGAUGACGAGGAAGGGAAUUCCCGAGGAUCGGAGCUUCUAUUCGUCCCUGAUAUGCGCCUUCGCGACUGCCCGGGAAGUGAAACUGGCAGAGGAGCUUCUCGAGGAAGCGGAAGGGAAGGGAAUGGUGAGGGAUCCAGCUUUGUUCUUGAAGCUGGUGCUCAUGUACAUUGAAGAGGGAAUGCUGGAGAGGACUUUUGAUGUCAUUUCUGUGAUGAACCGGGUGAAAAUCCGCGUUUCUGAUUGCAUUUCGUGCGCGAUUGUGAACGCUUUCUCGAGAAAACGAGGGCCUCGAGUAGCAGCAACUGUGUAUGAAAAGCUGGUUUCCCAGGGCUGUGAGCCAGGCCAAGUUACCUAUGCUUCAAUCUUGAACAUUUACUGCAGAAUUGGGGUAUACUCCAAGGCAGAAAUGACCUUUUCAGAAAUGGAACAAAAGGGGUUUGAUAAGUGCAUUGUGGCCUAUUCGAGCAUGGUCAAUAUGUAUGGCAAAACCGGCAGGCACAAAGAGGCAACGAGGCUCGUAGCCAAGAUGAAGGAGAGGGGUUGCGAGCCGAACGUGUGGAUUUACAACACGCUCUUGGACAUCCACGGGAGGGCCUCGAACAUGAAGCAAGUCGAGAAGGUAUGGAAAGAGAUGAAACGACGAAAAGUCGUGCCAGACCGAGUUAGCUACACCAGCGUUAUAAGCGCUUACAGCAAGGCCAAGGAGCUCGAGAGCUGCGUAAAAUACUACCAAGACUUCAAGCUAAACGGGGGCAAGACUGACAGGGCGAUGGCCGGGAUAAUGGUCGGGGUUUUCUCGAAGAUGAACAAAGUCGACGAAUUGGUUAAACUGUUGCAGGAUUUGAAGACCGAUGAGACCAAGCUGGACGAGAGGCUUUACCGGUCUGCUCUGAAUGCUCUGAGAGACGCGGGGCUGGAAAUUCGAGCAAAAUGGCUGCAGGAAAGCUUUGCUGUUGCAACAUAAAUCAUUUCCUGCAAUUCUGCAAAGAAGAAGCCUAAGAACAUUGUAAAUACAAGGUGGAGAAUUAGCUUAUCUGAAACAUUGGUUUAAGGUUUUAAGGUUGUACCCCCAAACCUUUGUAACCAUCCACUUGCUGUUUAUGAAAGUUACAAAGAAGCCAUACUUUCCCAUUGUGCAGACAACUUCAUUAAUCAUACAUAUGUUUUUUGUUUUAC